CCGAUGGAUUCGGUGCAGCGUAUUCAGCGUGGAAACGAUUAGGGAAUAACGCAACCUAUCAUGCAGCUCAACAUUCUACGCCACCACCUCAAGAUAUUCAGGACAAACGAAUUGGAAUAUUUGAUUUUAGUUAUAAAAAAACUAUCCUUAAAGAACUUGAAAAACGAGCAAAAAUAAUAGCAGUUGUGGAUCAUCAUAAAUCCGCAAGAGAUGAUCUAUUGAGUGGAGAUGAAGAUAAAAAAAAUUAUUUCUUUGACAUGGAUAAAAGUGGUGCGAGGUUGGCGUGGGAAUUCUUUUGGCCAGAUAGGGAAGUUCCAUUAUUGAUUCGAUAUAUUGAGGACAAAGAUUUAUGGAGAUUUAAAUUGCCAAAAUCUCGAGAGUUUUCAGUUUUUUGGGCAACCAUUCCUUUUCAGUUUGAAAUUUAUGAUCAAUACGUCAAAGAUGAGAGCUUGAUUGAAAAGGCUAUAGAAUCCGGAACUCAUAUCCUUAAUUAUACUCAGGCUCGUGUUUCUUUCAUAAAAGAUAAAGAUGCUUUUAGACGUAAAAUGACUGUAAACAUAAUUGAUGAUGAUAAAAAGCCUCAAACCAGAACCUAUACCGUAUUUGUUAUGAAUUCAUCAAUAUGGCAAUCAGAACUCGGAAAUUCUCUUGCAAAUAUGGAUGGAGCUGAUUUUGGCAUGGUAUUUUUUUAUGAUGGAAUCUUAAAACGAUAUACUAUCAGCUUAAGAAGCUUGAAUGAAAAAGCAGAUGUUUCUCAAAUCGCAAAAGCAUUUGGUGGUGGUGGUCAUAGAAAUGCAUCUGGAUUUGUUUGGGAUCAUAAAUCAAUUGAAGAUUUAUUCGAUUCUGAAGAAAAUUGA